AUCUGGCAUCUCUGUCUCUGACAGACGGCACUAUAUGCCACAUAAUAUAAUGCAAAAAUUUGGAAUGUUUUUGUAAUUUUUGUCAAUAUUCUACUUGCGUACUAUAAAUUUUUCAGUGGUAGCUCACGGUGUUAAGUGUAAGAUAUGGCUGGAACACCAAGUGAAAUUGGAAGUACUCCUCACGGCCUUCGUUUAGAUGAAAUACCAGCAUCAAAUGUUCGUUCAAGUCUAGCAGAGUUAGAAGCACAAGCUUCUCAAGUUCUUAAUCGUUUAGAAUAUGUAAAGAUUGCGUUAGCAGAACAACAGCAAGCUUCCAUGUAUGAACAACUGUCGCUAACUGACGGUUCUCUGCAACCAGAUAAGAAACCAGCUGACGAGGUCUUGAUAAGUUUAGAGACAUUAAUUUCUCAGCUUGAUGUAGAAGAUGAACCAGAGUUUGUACUUCCACCAUUAGAUGAUUCUUCACAAUUAGCAGUUAUCACCUAUUCGAUUAGUGCUUAUUUGUCGGCACUAGAAAAGCAGCAUUUAAAUCGCUUGGUUUCUAAAAUUGUAGCGGAUACCAAUCGUUGGCUAAGUCAACUGUUUCGUUUCAUAGAUUCCAGCACUAGUUACCAUAGAGAUAACACGGAGUGCAUUCUUUAUGCGGUUAGAUUAGCAAUAGCAAAUCGUUUUCCAGAAGCGGAAAAUCGCUUAGCUCAAUUACAAAAUACUACGCUUUACAUUUCCGCGGCUGGUUCAUUGUUUGCGCUGCAAAAUACUUGUCGCUUUAUUGGACUACCAGUUAACAACAUUCGGGUUAUUCCCUGUAAUUCGACAUUGGACGCUCGUGGAGCUAUGGAUACCUUUGAAUUGCAGAAAGUAUUAUCAGCUGACCUUGAAGCCGGAAAAAACCCGUUAUUCCUAAUUGCUGAUUUAGGUUUUUCUGUUUGCGGAGAAGUUGACAACUUGGCUGUUUUAAAAAACAUUUGCACGGUAAACAAGAUAUGGUUGCACACUCAAGGUCACUGCUUAGCAGCAUUAGCUGUUACACGAGGUUCACUUUCUAGGGUAAAAUCUAUUCCGGAUUCAAUGACCCUAAGCUUAGGUACAUGGUUAGGUAUCACUGGAAUACCCUGUAUAUUGAUGUAUCGCCAAGUGCCAGCAAAUGUUUUAACUCUUUUCGACGUCGAUCCUAUUUUAUCCAAUCGCCUCAACGCUCUAACAUUGUGGACCGUAAUGCAAACGAUGGGUGUCGAUUCUAUCAGUGAACGGAUUUUCAUGGCUUUUGAUACAUGCCGACAAUUGUACGAAAUGCUGAAAAAAAUUGAGGGUAUUAGGAUAUUGAGUAAAGCACCCCGUCAGGAAGCAGGAAAAUCUUUUCGAGCUCUUUUGAACAACCCUUCAAAUUAUUACGCCCUUUUCGAAACAGCUGUCCCUGUUGUUGUAUUUCAGUUCGAUGGUAGUUGUGUCAGCAAUAAUCCGGCAGGCAGCGCUAACUCAUUAUUACCUUCGCCAGCUUUUACUGCUGAAGCUGUUAACGACAGUACGGUUGCGCCUGGUAUUCCAAAUAUUGAUGAAGGUGCUAGAAACGAUCCAGUUGACAAAACCAUUGAGAAGCUAUCCAACUCGUCCUAUUAUGACCGGUUAAAUGGUUGGCUUGGCCAAAUUUUGUUGCGCGACUGUGCACAACUAAAUUUAAAGAUCGUAAAGCAUCCAAUGUAUGGUACCUGCAUACGCUACUCUCCGUUUUCUCUUGGCUGCGGAGAAAUGCUGCCACCCGACGAAAUUAUCGAGAAUGUAGUACAAUUUAUCGAAGCGCAAAUAGAAAUCCUGUUGGCAACCGUAAAGCACAAGAGACGCUUCAAUAAACUCGUCGAACAAAGCGCUGUACUAAGGCUGAUAGAGUUGAAUGAUUGGGCAGGCCUAGGAAGUGUGCAUUAUGUUCCAGAAGGUUGGGAAACAUUAUUGACCGAUCAAGCAAAAACAGAACUUAACAGGCUUAAUUCAGCAUUGGUAGACAUGUUGAAAGCUCACGAUAACGCAUUCUCGCUGGGAGAAGGAAGCGACGGACUGAUUUGUGUUAGGUAAGUACGAGCACGUACG